AUGUGUGAAGUGACGCCCAUCGCUGAUCUCGAGGCGGAUGACUGGGUGCAUGCCACUCUCAAGAGCCUCAGUGCCAAAUGCGACACGCUACUACAAUUAUUAGGAACAAAGAAAGCGGACGUACCAGAAUCAGCCGAGCGGCAACUGUUCGUAUACAUGACCAUCAUUCUGUCCAAUACCUACCAAGAUAUGAAACACGUCUACCCGAAUGGACUGAGAGAGAAACGUUUCGAAGUCACCAAGGCCCAAGCGUUCGACUGGUGGAAGGCGGAGUUCCCGGAGAAGCACUCAGUGAGCUGUAUGGAGUUCAUCAACGCGUUGCUCAAAUCGUAUCCCAUUGAACCGAGCGAAAUCCAACAGCUCAAGUCGUCUAUUGACAUCACCGACAACGGCCGCGUGUCGUGGUUUGAGUUCGAUGUGUUCACGAGGCUGUUUCAGCCGUGGGAUCGCAUCAUCACCAACUGGCGACUGAUCUCCAAUGACCAUCCGGGUUUCCAGAGUUACAUCACCUACGAAGAGGUGUUGCAGCUCUUGGCUAAGUACACCUCCAAGCCAGGAAGCUAUGUGUUCCGAUUGUCGUGCACGCGGUUGGGGCAGUGGGCGAUUGGUUACGUCGAUUCAAACGGCAACAUCAAACAGACGAUCCCACAACGCACCUCACUGUACCAGGCACUCAUUGACGGCGCAGCCAAGGGCAUUUAUCUCUAUCCCAUGGGCCAGGAACAGAACGUCGAUCUAACGGCUGAGUCGUCGCUGACACAGAAACGCCACAUCUCGGUGAGCAAGGAACAACACGACAUGUACGUUGGUAUGGACAGUUUGUUUGAGCUGUGCAAAAUCUGCACCGCCAAUCCCAAGGACGUACAGAUAGAACCCUGCGGACAUCUGAUCUGCCAUUCUUGUGUUUCAGAGUGGCAGAAACAGGCCAAGAACGAGUGCCCUUUCUGUCGGAAGGAGAUGAGAGAGCUGCAAUCGGUGGUAGUAGACCCCUACCGAAGAAACUCUUUAGCGCAGAAGGAAAACAACGGACUGUCCAAGAAGAAAUCAAUUGCACUUGCAAUCAACACAUCGUCACUCUUACCAGUGGCUAUCGAAGAAGAGGCUCCUCCGCCGCGGCCCGCGAAGUCGCCGAUAGCCAACCGAUCUGGCAGAUCAUCAUUGCAGCCUAUAGACGCAUCCACACUUCAAGCAAAGCACUCACUCACGUUCAACAAUAGCGUGGAGUUCUCGGGGGCUUCCGCCGAUCGGACGCACUCGCCCCCCACCACACCCUUACCAAGAAUACCCGCUAGAGGCGACCCACACCCCACAUUCGAUAGAAGGGACAUAGACAGUACACAUAGUGCAGAAGCGACUCAUAUAUCAGCCAUACGAGAGCUGUCCUUACCUGUGGAGGGGACCGCACUGAUAAUGGCGGGUGUCUUACCUACACGCCCCUCUGAUAGGCGGGCAUCGCACAACCCCGAUAUAUCGGGUUUACAGAUUAGUGUUACGGAUAGUGCAGAGCAAACACAGGUGGCUAGACAGCCGUCGUUGCCUGUGCCGCGGUAUGAACAAUUACCUGAUAGCGGAGAAUAAAGCUCAACUCACCCUUACGG